AUGCUCUGCCUCGUCCCGCAGCCCACCGCGUGGUCGCCGCCGCACCGGACGCACGAACGGCCGCGCCGCUCUCCCCGCUGCAGCCUGGCCGCCGCCUCUCCCCGCGACUUUGCCUUCCGGCGGCUCACGCCCGAGCGGCCGGAGCUGCCCGUGCUGCUCUUUCUGCCCGGCAUCGACGGCACCGGCAGCGCGGGCGCCACGCAGUGGCCGCGCCUCGCGUCGAGCUUCGAGGUGCACGCGCUCUCCUUUGCGCCCGCGGAUCGCUCCUCCUUUGGCGACGUGCUGAGCGGCUGCGAGGCCUUCCUGGGCGACACCGCCGCCGGCCGAGGCACGCUUCUCGUGGGCGAGUCGACCGGCGCCGUGGCGGCCCUUGGACUCGCCUAUCGCGCGCCGAACGCGGUGGACGGACUCUGCCUCGUCAACCCCGCCACUGGCUACGCGGGCAGCGCGCUCUCGACGCUCGCGCCGCUGCUGACCCGGCUGCCGAGAGGCGUGUACCGCGCGGCGCCGUACGCGGUCACGCCGCUCUUCGGCAAGCGGGACUGGUUUCGCUCCAUCGUCGGCGAGGACGCCACGACGGGCCCGCCUCCGCUCCUGCCCUCUCCCGCCGCGGUGCUCUCCGCCAGCGGGGCGCUCGCCGACGCCCUCCCUGCAGAGGCCCUUGCGUGGCGGCUCGAGGAGCACCUGCGCAAGGGCAGCGCGGCGGUCAACGGGCGCCUCGCGGCGGGAGGGCGCGCCCCGGCAUCGAGCACGCUGCUGCUCGCGGGCGGGCGGGACCUGGUCCUCGCUUCGCCCGCCGAGACGUCGCGCCUGCAGCAGCGGCUGCCCGGCUCGGUGCGCAAGCUGCUGCCGUCCGCGGGCCACGCCUGCCUCGACGACGCUCGCUCGCUCAACCUGCGGCUAGAGCUGGCGCAAAGCGGCGUGCUGAGCGCAGGCAUGCGCCGCCUCUUCUCGCCCCUCUUUUACACGGUCCGCGCCGACGGGGCGCUCGAGCGCGGCGUGCUUGGGCUGGCGCUGCCCGCCGCCGGCUCGCCCGUCCUCUUCGUGGAGCUUCUGCGCGAGCGAGACAGGCUGCUGCGGCCGAUGGUCUUCCCGCCCCUGCUCGCCUCCGAGUCGCCGCUCGCUCCCUUGCCCUACCCGCUGCCCGGCACGGCCGCAACCUUCGAGCGCUUCGGAGCCACAAAGGCGCUCGCCAGAGGAGAGUGCGUGCUCCUCUUCCCGGGCGGAGCUCGCGAGGUCUUCAAGCGCAAGGGGGAGCAGUAUCGCCUCUUCUGGGGCGAGGACGCCGACUUCGUCCCCUUCUCUGGCCUCGGCGGGGACGAGUCCUUCUCCCUCGCGCUCGACUCGGACGAGCUCCUCAGUGCGCCGCUCGUCGGUGACUUCUUCCGGCAGCGGGUCGGCACGCUGCCCUCCUUCGUCCCCGGCGACGUCUUUGUGCCCCCCCUCGGCGCUCUGACGCCGCAGAGACACUACUUCCUCUUUGGGGCGCCCGUCGACCUGACCGGCGUCGAGCCCUCCGACCGCGAGACUUGCGCGAGCGUGUACGACGAGGUGCGAGCCGCCGUCGUCGGCGGCGUCGCGCGGCUGAAGCGAGAGGUCCGCGAGCGCGAUGGGUUCAGAGACAACUUCAAGAGGACUGCAUGGGAGGCGGUCUACGACGCGCAGGCGCCGGGGCCAGAGCUGUAG